UACAAUCCACACAAACCCUACUCCCUUGUUAUUUUCUCCAUCCCAUACAAAACACACAAUCACACUACCAUAUGCAAUGACCAUCUUUCAAAUCAAAGGAAGCCCGACUUCCCCGGAGAAAAACUCUCUCCCGCGGCGCAAACUCGGCGCCCUGUUCGCCUCCGAUCCUUCCACUCAAGAUAUCCACCACGAUCCUUUCACUCACUAUAACCAUUCCCCUCUCUACCCCAAGAAAAACAAACAUUCCCCUCCUCGGAACAGUGAUGCUUCCCCCAUAGCAAUUACCUCACCCAGGUACAACCCCACCAUGUAUUAUUCCGGCCCCAGCACCCCCAGUUCUUCCCCCUAUGAUCAUUUGAUGUCGCCGUUGGUCCAACCCUCACCCUACAUCAAUUCUCCCUGGAUUCAUCAACCCGCCGGAUUCUUGCCGCCGGGAGAUGAAGAUGGUGAACAGGAGACUGAUGUGUCUCCAGAUAAGUGCGGCUUUAUGGGAUCCAUCUUCCGGGAAGAAGGUCACAUUUAUUCGCUUGCGGCUUCGGGGGGUCUGCUGUAUACGGGCUCGGAUAGCAAGAAUAUAAGGGUGUGGAAGAACUUGCAGGAGUUUUCCGGGUUCAAGUCCAGAAGUGGGUUGGUGAAAGCCGUUGUUGUGUUAGGGGAUAAAGUUUUCACCGGCCAUCAGGACGGAAAAAUCCGGAUCUGGAGAUUCAUGGGCACGGAUAGAAGGAACACGCACAAGUUUGUUGGGAGCUUGCCCACAACCCGGGAGUUGGUGGCGAAAUCCAUUAACCGGAAAAACUACGUCGAGGUGAGGAGAAACCGCAAUGUCCCGUGGGUUAAACAUUAUGAUACCAUUUCGUGCCUGAGCAUUGACGCCGAACAGGGUUUGCUGUACUCGGGUUCUUGGGAUAAAACGUUGAAAGUGUGGAGAAUUUCGGACUCCAAAUGCCUGGAAUCCAUCCAGGCCCACGACGACGCUGUGAAUUCCGUAGUCGUCGGGUUCGACGGGUUGGUUUUUACUGGUUCGGCCGACGGGUCGGUGAAGGCGUGGCGGCGGGAGCUGGUGGGCAAGUCCACGCAGCACGUGCUGGUGGACACGCUGUUGAAGCAGGACCACGCGGUGAAUGCUGUGGUGGUGAUGCACUCGGCGGGAGCACUGUAUGCUGGCUCCUCCGGCGGGCUGGUGAACUUCUGGGAGCGUGAAAAGCACUUCAUGUCCUACGGCGGCGUCCUGAGAGGCCACAAGCUGGCGGUGUUGUGUUUGGCGGUGGGUGGGAAUUUGGUGCUGAGUGGGUCGGCGGAUAACAGUAUAUGCGUGUGGAGGAGGGACGAUGGGGCAGAGCAUACGUGCGUGGCGGUGCUGACAGGACAUAGCGGACCUGUGAAGUGCCUGGCCGUGGAGAAGGACGAAGGCGCGGAAGAGGAGAGUGAUGAGCGGUGGAUUGUUUACAGUGGAAGCCUGGACAAGAGUGUUAAGGUAUGGAGGGGUGCGGAGCGUGGGGAGAGCGGGAAGAGGGGGGUGGAGCGUGGAACCCACGCCUCCGACAAUAUUGGUAGAAGAAGUUGGUAUGGAGUUAAAAGAGGAGGCAAGAGAUACAUUUAGCAGAGGAUUGAAUGGAAGACGGCAGAAGCAUUGAUUGGUAUUGAGGAAUAUGCAAGUGAGGAAGCUAGCAAUAUAAGGUUGGGUCCAGAUUGGUGGAACCUUAG